GCUGAGGAGGGUCGGCGUCCUUGAGUAGAGGAGGUUGGAGGGGCCACGUUGGGAACGGUGGCGCAGCCUGUCUGCGGGAGUGCAGGCGGGGCCAAGGCCUGGACAGUCAGGGAUCCGCGCGGGGUUCGCGUGCUGCUCCAGUCAGCUUUUAACCUGCCCCUUGGCCUGGAAACCUGUCUCGCGGCUGGAAUCGGCACCAGCUGACAAACACGGAACCUCUUUCUGCUCCGCGUGGGGUGCGGUCAGCCUCGAAAGCUUGAGCUACUGCUGCUGGGCCAACGUGGUUCAAGUCUGGUCCUUUUGCAGUAGCCGAUGACAAACGAGACGUGGUGGCCCGUCCUUCCUUGUUUGCCUCAGAUCUGAGCAGUGCUGCUUACAAAGGUGGGGUUACAUGGCAAGAGCUACAUCCUUGGAUAGUUGUCCUGUGUCAUGACAUUAGUUGGUUUAAUUUCAUGCCAUUUAUAAGACUUUCAAGUCUUACCCUGAAAAUGGAAAAUAGAUCCUUCCCAGGAGCUCUGGGCUAUUGCUGAUGGCAGAAACAGCACUUACCCCAGGGUCACGUGCAGCCCCUCAGAGUCUUCUCAGCCUGGGCUCUCCUAACCAUGGACCAAAUGCUAGCCAAGCAGGACAGCCUCAUGGAGGACAGAUCCAGCAGUGGCAAGAACCCCCAGGAGCCCAUGGACUCACUGGCACAGUCUCCUGACCAACUGGAUAAGGCUCAAGGUGCCAGUGUGGAGGUAAACAGAGCUUCUAGGGAAGGAGGAAGCCCAGAUAGAUGCAGCCAAGAGGCCUUCUGUCAGAAUGGGCCAAUGGCACAGUUUCCAGACCCUCCAUUGUCUCUAGAUCUCACCACAAGUCCAGUGGGUCCUGAUGCCUCUGCAGGUGUGGCUGGUUUCCAUGACAACCUAAGGAAGUCUCAGGGAACUAGUGCUGAGGGCAGUGUUAGAAAAGAAGCUUUGCAGUCUCUCAGACUCAGUCUUCCCAUGCAAGAAACACAACUGUGCUCCAUGGCUUCUUCGCUACCCUUAGAGAAAGAGGAACAGGUCCGCCUACAGGCCCGGAAGCGGCUGGAAGAACAGCUCAGACAGUACCGAGUGAAGCGCCAGCAAGAGAGGUCCAGUCAACCUGGAACAAAAAUGAGACUUUUUAGCACACUGGAUCCUGAACUUAUGUUAAACCCAGAAAACUUGCCAAGGGCCAGUACUGUGGCUAUGACAAAAGAGUAUUCCUUCCUGCGCACCAGUGUACCUCGGGGGCCUAAGGUAGGCAGCUUAGGGAUACUGGCCCAUCCUAAGGAGAAAAAAAGUUCCAAGUCAAGCAAGAUUCGGUCUCUGGCCGAUUAUAGAACUGAAGAUUCAGGUGAUUCUGGAGCCCUCAAUUCCACUUCUGCUGUGGGAGGCUCUUUGAAGCAGAGCAGAAGCAGCACCUCAGUUGUGUCUGAGAUCAGCCCAUCUCCUGAAACUGAUAGCCGUCUAGAGAGUGCCUCACUGACUGGGGACAGUGUGUCUGAGGCUGAUGGAAAUGAGAGCGACAGUUCUUCACAUAGCAGUCUCUCCACCCGAGAGGCUCAUAGUGUCCUGGUGAAUGUGGGCACACUAGGACCUGCUUAUAUGGUUGAUGGCCAGAAGAUUGCCGCCGAGGCCCUAGGUCAAUUCCCCUCAAUUAAGGAUGUACUGCAGGCUGCGGCAGCUGAGCACCAAGACCAAGUUGUUCUGCAGUCUACAACAGCUGAACACCAAGACCAGGGCCAGGAAGUUAAUGGUGAGGUGCAGAGCCGCAGAGACAGCAUCUGUAGCAGUGUGUCCAUGGAGAGCUCUCUUGCUGAAACACAGGAUGAAAUGUUGCAGGUUCUUAAAGAAAAAAUGAGACUUGAAGGACAGCUGGAGGCUUUGUCAUUAGAAGCCUGUCAGGCACUUCAAGAGAAGGCUGAGCUGCAGGCCCAGCUUGCUGCCCUGAGCACAAGGCUGCAGGCACAGGUGGAGCAUAGCCACAACAGCCAGCAGAAGCAGGACUCUCUUAGUUCUGAAGUGGACACUUUGAAGCAGUCUUGCUGGGAUCUUGAAAGAGCCAUGAUUGACCUGCAGAACAUGCUGGAGGCCAAAAAUGCGAGCCUGGCAUCCUCAAACAAUGACCUGCAAGUGGCAGAGGAGCAAUACCAGAGACUGAUGGCCAAAGUAGAGGACAUGCAGAGAAAUAUCCUCAGCAAGGACAACACAGUGCAUGAUCUUCGGCAGCAAAUGACAGCUCUACAGAGCCAGCUCCAGCAAGUGCAGCUUGAACGCACAACACUGACCAGUAAGCUACAGGCAUCACAGGCUGAAAUUGCAUCUCUGCAGCAUGCCCGGAAAUGGUAUCAGCAACAGCUUGCCUUGGCUCAGGAGGCCCGGGUCAGGCUCCAGGGCGAGGUGGCCCACAUCCAGGUUGGGCAGAUAACCCAGGCAGGCCUGCUGGAGCACCUGAAACUUGAGAAUGUGUCCCUGUCCCACCAGCUGACAGAAACUCAGCAUAGAUCCAUCAAGGAAAAAGAGCGCAUAGCUGUACAGCUUCAGAGCAUCGAGGCUGACAUGUUGGAUCAGGAGGCAGCCUUUGUACAGGUACAGGAGGCAAAAACCAUGGUGGAGGAAGACCUCCAGAGGAGACUGGAAGAAUUUGAAGGCGAGCGGAAGCAACUGCAAAAAGUGGCAGAUGCAGCAGCAUCCCUGGAACAGCAAUUGGAGCAGGUAAAGUUGACACUGUACCAGCGAGACCAGCAGCUUGCCACACUACAACAGGAGCACCUAGAUGUGAUGAAACAGCUCACCUCAACUCAGGAGGCUCUGCAGACCAGGGGACAGUCCCUCGAUGACCUACACACACGCUAUGAUGAACUACAGGCCAGGCUGGAGGAGCUACAGGGUGAAUCCAAUUCCAAGGAGGACAUGAUCCGUUUCCUGCAAAAUGAGAAGAUUGUCUUGGAGGUGGCUCUGCAGGCAGCCAAGAGUGACAAAGAGGAACUUGAUAGAGGAGCAAAACAUUUGGAAGAAGGUACUGAGAAGACAUCGGGACUUUUGGAGCAGUUGAGACAAGAGUUAGCCAUUAAGUCCAGCCAGGUGGAGCACUUGCAGCAUGAGACAGCCUCCCUGAAAAAGCAGACACAGAAGGUAAAGGAGCAGUUUCUUCAGCAAAAGGUCAUGGUGGAAGCCUACCGACGGGAUGCUACUUCUAAAGACCAGCUUAUUAGUGAGCUAAAAACCACAAAGAAGCGGCUGGACUCUGAGAUGAAGGAAUUGAGACAGGAGCUUAUCAAGCUGCAAGGAGAUAAGAAGACUGUGGCGGCAGAGCACUCACGCUUACAGAAGGAAGUGUCCUUGGUUCAUCAGCACAUGGCAGAUCUUGAGGGGCAUCUUCAGUCUGUGCAGAAGGAACGAGAUGAAAUGGAGACUCACCUGCAGUCUUUGCAGUUUGACAAAGAGCAGAUGGUGGCUCUAACCGAGGCCAAUGAGGCACUAAAGAAACAAAUAGAGGAGCUGCAGCAAGAGGCCAAGAAGGCCAUCACAGAACAGAAGCAGAAGAUGAAGCGGCUUGGCUCAGAUCUGACCAGUGCUCAGAAGGAGAUGAAGACUAAACACAAGGCCUAUGAGAAUGCUGUGAGCAUCCUUAGCCGCCGCCUGCAGGAAGCUCUGACUGACAAGGAGGCUGCAGAUAUGGAGCUGAGCCAGCUUAGAGCUCAGAGUACUGGCAGUGGCAGUGACCCCAUUCUACAUGAGAAAAUUCGGGCCUUAGAAGUAGAGCUGCGGAACAUUGGCCAGAGCAAGAUGCUACUAGAGAAGGAGCUGCAAGAGGUGAUAGCAAUGACCAGCCAGGAGCUGGAGGAGUCCCGAGAAAAGGUGCUAGAGUUGGAGGAUGAGCUUCAAGAAUCCAGAGGCUUCAGAAAGAAAAUAAAGCGCCUUGAAGAGUCUAAUAAGAAGCUGGCUCUAGAGUUAGAACAUGAGAGAGGGAAGCUCACUGGUCUUGGGCAGUCCAAUGCUGCUCUUCGGGAGCACAAUAGCAUCCUGGAGACUGCACUGGCAAAGAGGGAGGCUGAUCUGGUGCAACUGAAUCUCCAGGUACAGGCCGUUUUGCAACGCAAAGAAGAGGAGGAUCGCCAGAUGAAGCAGCUUGUCUGUGCCUUACAAGCCUCGCUGGAGAAAGAAAAAGUGGAAGUAAACAGCCUUAAGGAGCAGGUGGCUACUGCUAGGGCAGAAGCUGGGCACAAUCGUCGCCACUUCAAGGCAGCCACACUGGAGCUGAGUGAGGUGAAAAAGGAGCUGCAAGCCAAGCAGCACCUGGUGCAGACGCUGCAGGCCGAGGCCGACGAGCUGCAAAUUAAAGAGGGAAAACAUUCCCAAGAAAUAGCAGAGUUCCAGGCAGAGCUGGCAGAGGCUCGGGCCCAGCUCCAGCUCCUACAGAAGCAACUGGAUGAACAGCUUAGCCAUCAGCCCACAGGGAGCCAAGAGAUGGAAAAUCUCAAAUGGGAGUUGAAUCAGAAAGAUCGACAAAUCCAAUCCUUGAAACAGCAGCUGGACUUAACAGAGCAACAGGGCAUGAAGGAACUAGAAGGAACGCAGCAAAUGUUGCAGACUAUCAAGUCUGAGUUGGAGAUGGUACAGGAAGAUCUGUCUGCAACCCAGAAAGAUAAAUUUAUGCUUCAAGCUAAAGUGUCUGAACUGAAGAACAGCAUGAAGACUCUGCUUCAGCAAAAUCAGCAGCUCAAGCUGGACCUCCGUCGUGGUGCAGCCAAGAAAAAGGAGCUAAAGAGUGAGUCCUGCUCCUCUAGCCCUGCAACACCCAUCAAGAUCCCUGAUUGCCCCGUCCCAGCCUCACUUCUAGAGGAGCUGCUGAGGCCCCCGCCUGCUGUGAGCAAGGAGCCCCUCAAGAACCUGAACAGCUGUUUGCAGCAACUAAAGCAGGAGAUGAACAGUCUGCAGCGCCAAAUGGAGGAGCACACCAUCACUGUGCAUGAGUCCCUAUCCUCUUGGACUCAGGUGGAAGCUGUCCCAGGAGAACAUUCCCACCCCAGGGGAGACACAAAGCCACACAGUCAAAUUAGUGCUCCCAGAGAAGGGCUGGACUAGUGACUGUUGCUAUCCUUGCUACCAAGUAUGUGUGGCUGCCUGAAGGAAUAUUCUUCUGUCAAUAUUAUUUAUUUGUGUGCUCUAUUUUUCUGAUAAGGGUUAAGUUUUUCUUUUGCCUUUUAACAAGGAGUAAAAGAGCAGAGAGCCAAGAAUUAAAUAUUCAUUUGAAACUACAACUAGCUUUUCCCAUGAAAUGACCAAAUCUUAAAAACCUAGUUUAGAUCUCUGAAGAAUUCUGAAUAUGUCUGAUGGGUUAUUUGCAGAAACAAGUAUUUUAUGAGUAAUCCUAGACACUAAUCAAUGAGGGUAUUGCUAACAGUCAGUUUCUGUGGGAACUUUGCAUAGUGAGGUCAUUGGGAAGCAACAUCCAUAUUAAGUCAGGGUACAAUUUCUCAUCUUCCUGUUCUAUUCAAUAAGAGCUUUACUUUCAUACAGAAAUGAAGUUUUAUUUGCACGUUUGGCUUUUUAUUUCAUUUGUUCAAUGGUUAUCACACCAUAGGAUCUAUACAGAAAUAUUUAAAGUCUUUUAAAAGCAUAUAUGCCUAUAUUAUUUAAGAACCUAAUUGUCACAUUGAUUACCUUUUGAAAAUUUGCUAUUGGGAAAUAAAAAAAAAGUUACAUGUA